AUGCCAAAUCCGGCGGUAUUCCUUGGAGACACUGACAACAAUGGCAGGAAUAUUCAGUCGUGCCUCACUGAACCCAAGCCAGCAGCGGGGCUGGGGGCUCAGGACCUCGAGGACCCAGCGAGGGGUCAUGGCCCAACCGAAUUUGCUUUCCUGUCAAAGCCUCAAGGCCUGGUUACUCCCAAGAAAAAAGGAAACGGGAAUAAAAGAAGAAAAGGCAAAGGCCUGGGGAAGAAGCGAGACCCGUGCCUGCGGAAGUACAAGGAUUUCUGUAUUCACGGCGAAUGCAAAUACAUCCGAGAGCUGGGAGCUCCCUCCUGCAUAUGCCAGCCGGGAUAUCAUGGGGAGAGAUGCCACGGCCUCUCGCUGCCUGUGGAGCACCCCCCCAGCGCGUACGACCACACCACGGCUCUGGCCGUCGUUGCCGUCGUCCUGUCCUCCCUGUGUCUCCUCAUCAUCGCAGCCCUGCUGAUGCUCAGGUGUCACAAGAGGGGUGUCUACGAUGUAGAAAACGAAGAGAAGAUCAAGCUGGGCAUCACUGUGAACCACUGAGGAUGCCAGGUGCUGGCGAGUGGUCGGCACUAAUGCACUUCUACCUCCUGGAAGAGGCGAGAGCUGCGGAGCCAGCGCCGUCCUGGGAGUCCGCAGCACGGCGAAGCUCGCUGGAGCAGCAGGACAGCACCCGCUUUGGGGCUGGUCGGGCAG